AUGAUUAUUUUGAACAGUUUAUGGUGUUGGUUAGCUUUUUUUAAUUGCAAGCAUUUCAGGAUCAUGUUCCGUCUCUUGUUCCUCCUUGGGGUAGCUGUGGUGCUCCGGAUUGAGUACCUACUGGCAGCGGCCAUAGUGAGGGCAAAAGCACGUGAUUGGUCAGAGAAUAAGGUGCGCAUAUUCACUGCACGUGUGAUUUCACUGACUCAUGCUACACUUUCAUCGAUAGGAUGUUUAUGCAGCCUUUUAUCUGAUUCAAACUAUGUAAAAGAACCGUACGAUUAUGCAACAUACUCGGCACAAUACAUAUUUCUUUUUUCAAUGGGCUAUUUCAUCUACGAUAUGACGGAUAUGUAUAUUCACGGUGAAGCACCCUACUCAAAGGAAUACUUUGUUCAUCAUUCACUAGUGAGUUUAUUGUAG